AUUGAUCGUUGGUGAAAACUCAAGAUCGGCUUAGUGGAGACAUCAGAGAUUGGAUCAAGGCGUUUACAUCCGAUCGUCCAGGCCAAAUAAAAUAAGCAAGGUGCUGAACCUAGUCAGCGAGCUAGUUUUGCGCAGAAAGGGUUUUCAACGUCAGAGGAAUUAAGAACGCGCACAAACUUACAGUCAAAACUUCCUCACGCAGUAUUCUGCGCAAUCAUGGCGUGACACUGCGCGGAUCGAGAAAGUACACUGAACUGUGAGUCAGAAUGCUGGCCACUGCAAUUGGGCUUGGGAUUGGAGCUGUUGGAGGAAUCUCGGUUGGCAACCUCAUUUUCCCUGGGAAGCUACCUGAGAAGGAUCUGCACAAAUUCUCUCUAGAAGCAGACAACGAUGACACCAUCCCCAUGCCCCCCGCUGCCAAGGAUGGCAAUGUCCAGGGCAAGCCGCGGAACUUCCUGCCCUAUGCACCAGCAUGGGCCAAGCAUCCCGACUAUGACAGGGUGCUGUGGAUGAACACCACGCUGCGCACGAUGUGGCCCUACUACAACCAUGCAGUCGGGCAGCAGGUGCUGGAGCAGGUCAACCCUAUCAUCGCAGAGCAGCUCAAACCGUACCCUUUCAUCCAGGCAGUGGACAUAGAGGUGCUGGAUCUGGGCACCAAGCCGCCAGCCAUUGGCGGCGCCAAGACAUACACAUCCUCAGUGGACGAGGCCAUCCUGGAGGCGCCCGUAAUGUGGGGCAGCGACAUGCGCGUCCGAGUCGCCGUGCGCAUCAAGCUCGGCGGCUAUGUGCUCUACCUGCCCGUCGAGGUGUCCAACAUCCAGGUGCGGGCGGACGCGCGAAUUACGAUAGCGCCCCUGGUGGAUACGCUGCCUUGCCUGGGCGCAGUUUCCAUCAGUCUACUGGACCCGCCACAUCUGGACGUCAGCCUGCAGAUCUUCGGCGGCCUCGACCUUAUGCUCCUCCCGGGCCUCCGCGAAGCCGUGCACUUCGCCAUCCACAAGGUGCUGGGCGACAUGAUAGUGUACCCCAACCGCAUGUCCUUUGACAUCAUGCCGGGCGGCGGCAAGCCCCCCGAGCCAAAGGGCAUGCUGGUCAUCAAGGUCAAGCGCGUCAGUGACAUCCACGGCGGUGGUGACCUCUUCUCCAAGGUGGAUCCGCUGGUGCAGAUGAGUGUGCGUGACGGGCGCAAGCUGGCGACUAAGACAGUGAUGAACAACAAGAACCCGGAGUACAACAAUGUCUUCAACUUCAUCGUGGAUGAUCCGGAGAACCAGUCCAUCACAGCCUACCUCAUGGACAACGACUUCCCCUUCCACAAGACGUUGGGCCUGGCGGACAUCCCUCUGAAGGGCGCGGAGUUCAUGACACAGCCCCGCAAAGUGGUGCAGCUGGAGACGCCCUUCUUCAAGCCCGAAGCGCACGGCCACCUGCUCAAACUGGCCAAGGUUGGUGCCGGCGCGAGCGCGGCCACAAAGGAGGCAACAGCCAGCACGAUGGGAGGACCGGCAAAGGGGGAUGCCAAAGCAGCAGAGGAGUCUGACAAGCCAGAGGCUGAAAAGGCCGACCAGGACCUUGACCGACUCGCCAAGAAGGACCCCGAGCGCUUCAAGAAGGCAGAAGUGGGUCACCUGCACCUGGAGCUGCAGUUCUGCCCCUUUGUCGCGGCGGGUGAAAGGGCCGAGGCGGACUCCGGCAAGCCCAAGCCGGCCGGCGAGAAGUCAAUGAUUCGGCGCAUGACUCGCAGCAACGUGAGCAAUGACCACAAGGGAGUGCUCACCGUCAAUGUCAUCUCCGCUGCCAACCUCACGACCCCCAACGAGAAAGGGGACGUGGACCCCUUCGUGGCGCUGUCUCUGUACGACCCGGCCAGAAAUGACUCGGAGCGGCAGGAGACCAGCAAGCUGGUGAACGAGCCGGACCCCAAGUGGGGGGAGAAGUUUGACUUCAUCAUGGCAUCAGCCACCAGCGUGCUGACUGUGGACGUGUGGGACAGCCUCGGCUGGCUGGAGGGGCGGCUCUCCCUCAAGGGCCUCACAGGGCGCAAGGAGACGAAGCAGAAGAUUGCUACACUGCGGCUGAAUAUCGCAGAGGUUGUGCGCAACGGCAAGAUCCGGGACUCCUGGGCCCUGCAGGACACUCAGCAGGGUGACAUCACUCUGGCGCUGACGUGGACGAGUGUGCAGCUGGAUGCUGAGUCAGACAUCAAGGCAGAGCCGAAUGAUGAUGCAGACGAAGAUGAAGAGUGA